CAGUGAAAGGUGUGAGUGUCAAAGGAGAUUAUUCACUUUGAUUCACUUUGAUUUUUUUUCUACAUUAUGUUAAGUGUCGGUUUAGUAUGUUUAUGUUAUGUUACACUUGCUGAAGCGUUUCUGUUCCUUGGAGAUAAUGAACCUGUCCUUUACUGCAUAAAGAUCUGUCCUUUGUACUGUUCGCCGAAAAGACGUCAUGAUGAAGAUGCAUCAUCCCUCAUCUAUGACGACGAACCGCCCUAUCCAUCGUACCAUCACGAGGACCACGGUUACCACUCGUACCACGACGCGAUACCGUACCACUUUGACCCGUACUACUACUGCAAGCCGCCGAAACCUACCACUACUACGCCAGCGCCGACCACGACCACCACCACGACUCCUGAACCAACGUUGAUCUGCAUGAUCUGUAUGAACAAGUGUACCAAAUAUCCUAAAGCGAAGAAAAGCUAAAAUGAGGGUAGAGAUAAUAAAAUUCAACAUAGAUGUUAUUUAGUUGGUGAUUUUAGUGAUUUUUUUUAAAUUUUGGAAACAAGAUUAUUUGGAUUAAAGAAGCCCUCAAUAGCUCAAUGGUAAAUGGGCUAGACUCAAACCAGAGAGGUCGUUGGUUCGAUGCCCACACAUUGCUCUAUUGUCGUACAAAGUAUUUUCCGACUAAUUGGAGGGAAACGGGAAAAUUGGUCAUAUUUCAAAGAAAUAGUAAAUAUUAUUAUUUAAGACAAUAAACUUUACUGUAAAUUAUGGUUUUGUUUUAGAUCAUCAUCAUCAUUAACAACCCAUAUUCGGCUCACUGUUGAGCACGAGUCUGCUCUCAGAAUAAAAAGGG